AUGGACGCUACGAAUGCGGCAACUUCCAAAUUUGUCAUGCUUAUGAAGUCGAAAGGCAUCCGUGUGGAGACGAGCCCGCAAAACUCGACUGUAUCACUCGAUGAAUCCUCAGCAACAGACUUUCACCCGCCGUCUCACUCAGCCGUUUUGGAGAACAUGGAUGAUAUGAGCCUUGCCGGCGAGGCAGCCGCUGGGAGUGACCAUUUCGGAAGCGAAGACUCUUUUGCAUGUCCGAUAGAGGAAAGCCGUCCGGCGAGUCCUACCUCUGUGUUUGGGAGGUUGGGAGACCAAAAUCGAGAUUUACUCGCUCCAGAGCCAUUCUCACGGUUCCACGUCCUGACACCCGGAGUGACCGCUACCACUCGGACGGCCAUUGCACCUUGCAUGCGAACUGAGAUCCUCUUUUGUGAUAAAACACCUCGGUAUCAGGCUCACAGCACAUCCGGUGGAGGAUUGUGGGGAAAGGGAAGGCCCAACAGCCAGCAAGAUGCUGCACGGCCCAAGAACCAUGUAAAUGCGAAUACCGAAUCAGGGAGUGGCUGCAUAACCAAUGUAGCCACGUUCUCCGCGAGUCACGAGAAGGUCAUGGCCUGGCUCACCACUCUUUGA